AUGGAGUCUUCAUAUAAAGAUAAAUCGAAAACCACAGCGAGUAAAGACGAUAAAAAAGCCGAAAGAAAAGCCAAACUUGAAAAGCUGGCAGCUGAAGCAAAUUUGAAAGCUACACUAAAAGAAAAAAAAAUUUUUGGUAAAAUUAAUAAAAAAUCAGACAAAAAAAAAUCAAAAUCGUCUCAUAAAACCGACAACCCUCGGAGCGAUAUUAAGCAGUUCAAGAAAAGCGAGGAGAAAAAAAGAAAAUGGAUUGAAGACGACGAGGAUUCUCUUUCAUCCUCGACAGAAAUAACUAGGGCUAAAAAUCGAAAAAGUAAGGUUAGCGAUAGCGAUUAUAACGAUUCCGGCAGCAGCAGUGAAUCCAGCACGGACGUAAAACAUAGUAAAAAAAGUAAAGUCAAUCGACUACGCGAUGAAAAAGAACUAAAAAACAGUAAGAAAGAUAAGAAAAAUGAAAAAGAACAUAAUGAGUGGGAAAUUAAGAUUCGAGAAAAGGAAGAUAAGGGACAUAAUAACGGUAUCAGCAAGAAAAAUAGCAAAGAUUCAAAGAACAAGAUAGAACUCUCUAUGAAAAAAUCACUGAAAAGAAAACAGACCCUGGGUUCAGACGAAGACAGUGACAGCAGCCUGACCGACGUGAGUAGCACUACCGAGGACGAUAGUGACGAUGAUAGUGAAGAAGAGCCCAAGGGAGUACCGCAGAAUUUGGUACCCAUCGUUGUCAUAGAUAAUAAUGUUCGAUACACUCAACCUUAUUCACAAUCGGAGGUCUCCAAGUUCUUCGAAUACAGAGAUAUCAAACGCGUUCUGUCAAAAUUUGAGAAGCCAACACCAAUCCAAGCGACAUGUUGGCCAAUCUGUUUAGGUGGAAAAGAUGUGAUUGGUAUUGCUGAGACCGGUUCGGGAAAAACUUUGGCUUUCAUUGUUCCGGCCAUUGUGCAUAUCAAAAACAAAAGUAGUGAAAUUUACCCCAACAAUAAACCAACUGUUCUCGUAAUUUCUCCAACACGUGAAUUGGCUAUGCAAAUACAAGAACAAUGUCUUUUGUUCGAAACUACAUGCGGUAUCAAAAGCGCAUGCAUUUACGGUGGAAUAUCCAAAGAUGGUCAACGUAGACAGCUGCGCAAAGGUGUUCACAUAAUUGUAGCCACACCCGGCAGGUUACUCGACCUGAUUGAUGAAAACAUUUGCGACAUCAGCAGGGUUUCCUACCUUGUUCUUGACGAAGAAUCUGUUCGCAAAUUGGCCAAUGAUUACUUGACGCGCCCCAUUAGGGUCACUAUCGGUUCACAAGAUUUGUCUGCAAAUAAUAACGUAACCCAGAUAGUCGAAGUGGUAGAAGAUAAGGAUAGAGAUAAAUUACUUGUAUCACUCUUAGAAAAAUAUCAUAAUCGAAGGAAUCGAGUGUUGGUAUUUGUUCUUUACAAGAAGGAAGCCUCACGCGUUGAAAACAUGUUGGCAAGCAAAGGAUACGAAGCACUCUCCAUUCACGGUGAUAAAAGUCAAUUCCAACGUUCAGAAGCUUUAAAAGCUUUUAAAGAUGGAAUUUAUCCACUCUUAAUUGCUACGGAUGUCGCGGCUAGAGGUCUGGAUAUUCCCGACGUAGAAUACGUAAUCAAUUACUCAUUUCCCUUGACCAUAGAAGAUUACAUCCAUCGUAUUGGGAGGACUGGACGUGCCGGAAACAAGGGAGUUUCCCAUACAUUUUUCACCUCACACGAUAGAGUUCAUUCGGGUGAACUUAUUAAUGUCUUACGCCAGGCCGAUCAAAAUGUACCGGAGUCAUUACUUAAAUUCGGAGGUGGCGUUAAAAAGAAAGAACACAAAGCUUACGGUGCAUUCUACAGGGAGAUCGAUCCUAAUUUAAAACCUAAGAAAAUCAAGUUCGAAGAUUGA